AUGGUAUAUUUCAGGAGAACUAGUCAACUCCGUAAAGGGUUAAUCUUCUCAACCCUACGUAAUUGCAUUCUAGGGGGGAGUACAAAAACAUAUCAUUUGAAACAUGGGACAUUUGAAACUCCACCUCAUAGCUGCCUGGGUCUAAACUCACAGACACACACAAAGUCUCUCUCUGCGGCUCUGACCUUAGGGGAUGCACUAACUUCCACAAAUAACACUGCACAACAAUCUAGGACCUGGUCCAUCUGUGCUUCUCUGUGUCUAUCUGCAAAAGCUGCAAGAAUGAUGCUAAUGUGCUGUCUCAGAGAGCUGAAGAAGGUGUAUCUUUUGUGGAGUCUGUUAAGCAUCCUCAUACUACUUGAAGCUUCUUCAACAGAUCCUAAAAAUGCCACAGAAACUCCAACAACCACAAUCACCACCAAAACUUCAACAAACACAAAAACCACAGAAACUCUAAAUGUUGUUACACCAACCAUGCCUAAAUAUACCACAACGACCACUUUACCUCAAAUACCAAGCACAAUAUCGAACGUCAUAACCACUGCGUAUACCAAAUCCACAGAGCCUGCGCCAGUGACACAAAAUUCAACAGCCAUUCCAGCAGAUAUAAAGACAACAACUGUAUCUGAAAAUUUAACAUCAUCUGUUCCCAACACCACAACUUCCACUAGUCCUUUUAACCAGAAUAUCAGUGCAGAUUCUUAUGAAGCAUUUACAACCGCAGCCUCAUCUUUUCCUCCUCUGGCCACUACUAUUUCAAAUACCACAUAUUCCUCCCCUCCUGACAGCACAAACUCAGAUCUGGAAAAUGAAAUUCAGCAGAACUCCACUGGUCAAGUCAAAGUUAACUGUGACAGCCUCAAAAACUAUGUAUCUAAUGAGAAGGUGGUGUGCUUUGAAUACCGGGAGAAAGUCAAAUGUGAAGACUUCUUGAAACCAGACAAGGGAAAUUUACUAAAGUCUGUUCUGUGCAAUGUCACUAAUUCUGACACAAGCCAGUGCAACCUGACCCUCUACACUUCAGAAACCAAUCAGCAAUGCAUCCUUUGGGUCUUAAAAGGACUGGCCAGCAAAGAUGAAAACAACGCUAUAGAGAGUCAUCGUAGCAAACUUCAAAAGGAAGACAUUGAGUUAAAGUGGCAGCAGAUUUCUGAUCAUCAAACAAAAACAAAGAAGACAAUGAUUGCCCUGGUAACUCUUGGUGUUUUGCUGGCCUUUUUUAUUUUAACUGGCUAUUAUAUGUCCAACCGGGAAAGCUGGACCCCUGGCAGACAGAGACUGGGUGAGGACCCAUAUUAUACAGAAACGGACAGCCAAGGAAACACUCUAGUGUCUGUGUCUUCCCACACUCAGGAAAAAGCCAACAAUGAAACCCGAGAGAAUGGAACAGGCCAGGCAAGCACACCAACUACAACCAAUGGACACUCAACAAAGAAGCAGACUAUGUCAGACACCAAAGUCUAACAAGGAAAAACUUAAUGAACUGAGGGAGAAAAGUAAAUAAAGAAACUUGGAACAUGUACAGACAAGAAAAAAUCCAAAAUAUCUGUUUCCUAUUGUGUCUUUGGCUUUAGUUAUCAUAAAGAAAGGAAUCUGUACUAAAGACACGAAUGACAAAUUAAAAUCUGGGAAUUAUGUGAAUAUGUAAAUUAAGCAUUUAAUGGGAAAGCAACUUCUUUAUUUGUGAAAUUCAGCAUUUUGCAUAUGCAUAAAUAUUGAUGAUAUUGAGGAAAAAAAGCAGUUUUGCCAAAAUAUUUCUAAGAAUUAACAUAACCUUUAAAAAAUGUUUUUACUAAUGUGGGUGCACCAGUGUAGGUACCAUUGACAACCAGUCAGUAAUUACUUUUGAUUAUCUUGUUAAAAUUAAAAAAUAAAACAAAAAAACACAGAUCUCAUUGGUUGCUAUGCGCAACUGCAAUGGUUCAAUAUAGCUGGUAUGUUAGUAAAUUAGACCCUACAUUUUUUAAAUUAAAGAUUUGAGAUUUCACUAAUUCACUGGAAUUCCUGUUUAUAACAGGGAAGUGUUUUAUUGAGAAUACAGAGAGGAAUUGCAAAAAAUUGGGCUGCGAGUUCCAAUUGUGUCGUCAGUGCUAUGCUAAAUUGAGAUUGAUUUUAGGUAGUUUUGUGAAUGUGACCGCUACCAUGAAAACUACCAGGGUAAAUAAUGCCAGUAAAUAAAAAAUAAGUGUCCCUAUGUUUUAAAAUACAUAUUUCCAACACCAAUUAUUUUGCUGGGACACCUAUUAGAAAAGAGCAGCAAAGGCUGGCUUGAUUUCAGUCAGGUUUGUGUCCAUGUAACAUGUUUUUGCUCAUUGUGGACUUUGAGGACAGUAAAGCUAUUUCAGGAAGAAUAUAGCUAGGGUCGGCUCCCCUGGGCACUCCAGCUGUUUAUUCACAUAAAUAAGGAUUAUGGGAAUUGUAGUUUAGAGAAGCUGAAGGCCAGAAGAUGGUUCAAGUCUAGUAAUUGUAAUUUAAAUGGCAUAAUUAACAUGUAGGACUGGUCUUGACUAUAUGUAUGUUUUUUAUAUAUUUUUUAUAUUAGUAUAUAUAUAUGUUUGGGUUUGUGGUUUUGUGAACACAUCCAGUGUACAGUGUAUAUAUACCUAAUGUACAAAGACACACACUUUAGGCAAGGAAAAACUUACUGCAAGACUAAUGUCAGAGCUGACAUGCAGAUGUGGCUAAUGUUAUUACAGCCAAUGAAUAACUCAGAGUAUAAAAUGCCUCCCCCUGCUAAAGCUAUUUCUCAAGAUAAACUUGCCAUAAACGAAUGAAUCCCUUUUUUUGUGAUUGAUUAGAGGUUUUCUUUAGGGGAUACUACCAUCAAAGUGUCCAAAUAAGGCUCCUGCAUUUUGGUUACUUAUGUAGCAGUAUUUCCUUACUUAUACCUGUACUGCAAAAGCAAAAUCUCUCCUAACUUACAGCAAUCUGCCACAGUAGUCACUCAUUCUAUGUCUGCAUCAGUAUAGCCUUUAUAACCCAUGUUUAUUACCCUACACUUCUGAAAUAAAGAAAGAACUGAGCUUGGACACCAAAAAACAGAAAACCCCACCACUGUAAUUUUAACUUUUUAAGUGUCAAAGAUCAUAGAAUCUUCAUCACUGGCUCUGCUGUGCCACAGUAUUUUGUUUCUAUGUAGGCCCCCAUGUGCUAUCCAGCAGCAUGCAGUCCCACUCAUGAAAAAUCCUGCAGCAACAAUAGGGAGAAAUAAUACAGUAUUAUUUAUAUUGGAUAUCUUGAGCAAUGGAGAAACUGCACAAAAUGUGUUAUAUUGAACUAAAUAUGAAACACGGAUGUUACAAUGUGUACAAAACUCAUAGCAGCUCCUUUAAAAAUUAUAAAACUGGGAACCCAGGUGUAUGCAAUGAAAAGAACAUUUUUUGUUUUUUAAGCAGCAACCUUAAACAUUUACAAUAAAAUUUUGUUAUAGAUCC